UCCGGCCAGGUAGAGCGGGAGCGUUGCGCCGGCUUGGUCGUCACGGGGCGCGACACGGCUUGUUUGACAUCACGAGGAGGAGCGGAAGCCGGCGGCCCGAGCCAGAGGUUCGUCACGAUGGAACUACCAGGAGGCAUGGCGGCGCGAGCAGCGCUGGGCCUGCUCGUAGUAGUCGCGCUGGCUGCUGCGGCUGACGACAUGCACGUGGAAAGGGUAACCACUGAGGGACGCGUCCGUGGGAAGGUGGUGCACGUCCUGGACAAUAAGGUGGUCGAAGAGUACCGCGGCAUUCCGUUUGCAGAGCCGCCCGUGGGAAAGCUUCGAUUCAAGCCUCCUCAGCCAAAGACGCCUUGGCGAGACAUCCUCGACGCGACCGCGGGAUCUACGGCUUGCCCACAGGUAGAGUUGCCGAUGUUCCCGAUGGGCAAUGUAACGUUUACAGAAGACUGCCUCUACCUCAACGUUUGGGUUCCGGAGAUAGCCAUGAACUCGGGCUCGCACCAACCCGUGCUCGUAUGGUUCCAUGGAGGCGGCUUCACUUUUGGCAGUGCCAAUCAGUGGGAGUAUAAUGGCGCAGUGCUCGCCGCGACUACGGGCGUCCUCGUCGUAUCCGCGAACUACCGUGUCAGCAUUCUGGGCUUUCUGAGCGCUAACUCACCCGAGGCACCGGGCAACGCUGGUCUCCUGGACCAAGUGGCGGUCCUGAAGUGGGUGCAGCGGAACAUCGAGUCCUUCGGAGGCGACCCGGAUCGCGUGACUCUGUUCGGAGAAAGCGCGGGUGGAACCAGCGCGCACGCGCACGUCAUGUCUCCCAUGAGCGAGGGCCUCUUCAAGAGAGCCGUUUUGAUGAGCGGCACCAUGUACAACAUCGACUUGUGGGACAUGGUCCACGAGAGCAUGGUCAAGGGCAACAAGGUGGCCAACAUUGUCGGCUGCUCCAAGGGCGGCAACAUUGACCUCUCGUCCAACGCGGAGGACAUCAUUGACUGCUUCCGGAAGAAGUCGGCCGACGAGCUCGUCAAGGCUGCCGUAGAGAGCAUCGCCCCCAAAAUGCUUCCUUUCCUCCCGACCUACCACGACGCCUUCCUGCCAAAGAUGCCGCUGGUGGCCAUGAACCGCGGUUUCUUUGCGCCGGUCGACAUUCUGGCUGGCGUCACUUCGGAUGAGGGGGCAAUGAUGCUUCUCUUCCCGCCACUACCAGAUCUCCUGCCCGAAGACCUCGACGUGAAUGGUCCCGAUAACCUCGACCAUUCGCUUCGCACUGUUGUGUCCAAGUGGGUAAAGGAGAGCAUACCGGACAUCGAGGACAAGUACACCAACGAUGCGCCCGAAGGCGAUAAGAACGCGCUCAGGCGCCAGCUCCUGGACUACGCGUCUGACCGGAUGUUCAACUGUCCGCUGCGGUUCACUGCGGAGAAGCACAGCGAGAGGGGCAACAGGGUGUUCGCCUACGUCUUCGGGCACAAGUACGACGCCUUCAACUUGCCGGCCUGGAUGGGAGCGCCUCACGCCUCUGAGCUGCAGUUCGUGUUCGGCGUACCCUACGCUGUGCAGCCAGACUCUCCGGAUGGGCGCAUGAGUGAGGCCUUCAUGCGGAUGCUGGCAAGCUUCGGUGAAAGCGGGGUUCCCGAGCUGCCGAACAAGCAGAAGUGGCCGAAGUACACGAAGCGCUCACCCACUAUGGUUCUGAUGGAUAACAACCACUUCAAUGAGACAAAGGGAUUCCGUGCGAAGGAGUGCGAGCGCUGGAGGUCACUGUUUUAGGAUGAUGAAAUUAUUUUUAUCUGUCUGCUGUUAUAUAUUGCUUAUGAAGCUGUACAGUGUUGCAGAAUAAAUGUUUUUGUACGU